AUGGGGAAGAGCCGCGAGAUGCGCUUGACCCACAUCUGCUGCUGUUGCCUCUUUUACCAGCUGGGCUUCCUGUCGAAUGGGAUUGUUUCAGGGCUGCAGUUCGCCCCAGACCUCGAGGAGUGGGAAGUAGUGUUUCCUGCACUCUGGCGCUGGGAGCUGGUGGACGCGGCCGGCGGCAGUGGGGGCAGCGCGGCCCCGGGCUGUGUGCGAGGCGCCGGGGGCACCGGGGGGGUGUGUCCAGAUUCAAGUCCACUCCCACCGUCCACUGCAUCUGCGCACGGCCCUUGGCCAGUCCCAAAGUUCAGAGCUGGCGGUGUGAGGGGGCGCGAGCCGGGUCGGGGUGGGGAGCAAUGUGCGAUACCUGAAGAUGGGGGUAGUGGGUCAAGCUGCAGGGGUGUGUCCCCGGGCGCCCUGGCCUCGUGGCAGCCGCCGCCGCCACCACAGCCGCCACCACAGCCGCCCCCGGCCCCGCCCCCGGCCCAGGCCGCGGAGCCAGACGGCGACGAGGUCCUGCUGAGGAUCCCGGCUUUCUCCCGGGACUUGUACCUGCUGCUCCGGAGAGACAGCCGCUUCUUGGCGCCGCGCUUCUCCGUGGAGCAGUGGCCGAGGCCGGGCCCUGGGCCCACGGGGCCAGCGGCCGCCCCGAGCCCUCCCGCGCCGCCGGACUCCUCCUGCUUCUACACCGGCGCUGUGUUGCAGCACCCCGGCUCGCUGGCCUCUUUCAGCACCUGCGGAGGUGGCCUGAUGGGCUUUAUACAGAUCAAUGAAGAUCUCAUAUUUAUUGAGCCUCUCAAUGACACAAUGGCUAUAACUGGUCACCCACACCGUGUAUAUAGGCAGAAAAGGUCCAUGGAAGAAAAAGCCACAGAGAAGCCUACUCCUUACAACCAUUAUUGUGGUGUCAUUUCAGAUAAAGGAAGACCUAGGUCUAGAAAAGUAACAGAAAGUGGAAGAGGGAAACGAUAUUCUUACAAAUUGCCUCAAGAGUACAACAUAGAGACUGUAGUGGUUGCAGACCCAGCAGUGGUUUCCUAUCAUGGAGCAGAUGCAGCCAGGAGAUUCAUUCUAACCAUCUUAAAUAUGGUCUUUAACCUUUUUCAACAUAAGAGUCUUGGUGUGCAAGUCAAUCUUCGUGUGAUAAAGCUUAUUUUGCUCCAUGAAACACCAUCAGGUCUAUAUAUUGGACACCAUGGAGAGAAAAUGCUAGAAAGUUUUUGUAAGUGGCAACAUGAAGAAUUUGGCAAAAAGAAUGAUGUACAUUUAGAGAUGUCAACAAGCUGGGGAGAAGAUAUGACUUCCGUGGAUGCAGCGAUACUUAUUACAAGGAAAGACUUCUGUGUACACAAAGAUGAACCAUGUGAUACUGUUGGUAUUGCUUACUUAAGUGGAAUGUGUAGUGAAAAGAGAAAAUGCAUUAUUGCUGAAGACAAUGGCUUGAAUCUUGCAUUCACGAUUGCUCAUGAAAUGGGUCACAACAUGGGCAUUAAUCAUGACAAUGACCACCCAUCAUGUGCUGAUGGUCUUCAUAUCAUGUCUGGUGAAUGGAUUAAAGGACAAAAUCUGGGUGAUGUUUCCUGGUCUCCGUGUAGCAAGGAAGAUCUGGAAAGAUUUCUCAGGUCAAAGGCGAGUAACUGCUUACUACAAACAAAUCCCCAGAAUGUCAAUGCUGUGAUGGUCCCCUCCAAACUACCGGGGAUGGCAUACACUGCUGAUGAGCAGUGCCAGAUUCUCUUUGGGCCUCUGGCUUCUUUUUGUCAAGAGAUGCAGCAUGUUAUUUGCACAGGAUUGUGGUGUAAAGUAGAAGGUGAGAAAGAAUGCAGAACCAAAUUAGAUCCACCGAUGGAUGGGACUGAUUGUGAACCUGGUAAGUGGUGUAAGGCUGGAGAAUGUACCAGCAGGACCUCAGCACCUGGACACCUGGCUGGAGAGUGGAGCCUGUGGAGCCCAUGUAGCCGAACCUGCAGUUCUGGGACCAGCACUCGCGAGCGCAAAUGUCCUGGGCUAGGUACUGAAGCAAGGGAUUGUAAUGGUCCCAGAAAACAAUACAGAAUAUGUGAGAAUCCACCUUGUCCUGCAGGUUUGCCUGGAUUCAGAGACUGGCAAUGUCAGGCCUUUAGUGUUAGAACUUCGUACCCAAAGCCUGUACUUCAGUGGCAAGCUGUUGUGGAUGAAGAAAAGCCGUGUGCCCUGUUUUGCUCCCCUGUUGGAAAAGAACAGCCCGUCCUUCUGUCAGAAAAAGUGAUGGAUGGAACUUCUUGUGGACAUCAGGGCUUAGAUGUCUGUGCAAAUGGCCGAUGCCAGAAAGUUGGCUGUGAUGGUUUAUUGGGGUCUCUUGCAAGGGAAGAUCAUUGUGGUAUCUGCAAUGGCAAUGGGAAGUCCUGCAAAAUCAUUAAAGGAGAUUUCAAUCACACCAGAGGAGCAGGCUAUGUGGAAGUACUGGUGAUACCUGCUGGAGCAAGAAGAAUCAAAGUUGUGGAGGAAAAGCCGGCACACAGCUAUCUAGCUCUCCGAGAUGCUGGCAAACAGUCUAUUAACAGUGACUGGAAGAUUGAGCACUCUGGAGCAUUCAACUUAGCGGGCACAACGGUUCAUUAUCUACGAAGAGGCCUGUGGGAGAAGAUCUCUGCUAAAGGUCCUACCACAACACCUUUACACCUUCUGGUGUUGCUGUUUCAGGAUCAGAACUAUGGUCUUCACUAUGAAUACACUGUUCCUUCAGACCCGCUGCCAGAGAACCAGAGCUCCAGAGAUCCUGAGCCGCUGUUCAUGUGGACACACACAGGUUGGGAAGACUGUGAUGCCACAUGUGGAGGAGGAGAGAGGAAGACAACGGUAUCCUGCACAAAAAUCAUGAACAAAAAUAACAGCAUUGUAGACAACAAGAAAUGCAAAUACUUAACCAAGCCCGAGCCACAGAUUCGAAAGUGUAAUGAGCAGCCAUGCCAAACAAGAUGGAUGAUGACCGAAUGGACGCCAUGUUCACGAACAUGUGGGAAGGGGAUGCAGAGCAGACAAGUGGCCUGCACCCAACAACUGAGCAACGGCACUUUGAUCCGAGCACGCGAAAGGGACUGCUCCGGGCCCAAGCCCACCUCUGCCCAGCGCUGCGAGGGCCAGGACUGCAUGACCGUGUGGGAGGCGGGCGUGUGGUCCGAGUGUUCAGUCAAGUGUGGCAAAGGCGUACGUCAUCGGACUGUGAGGUGUACCAACCCCCGAAAGAAAUGUGUGCUCUCCACCAGACCCAGGGAGGCUGAGGACUGUGAAGAUUACUCAAAAUGCUAUGUGUGGAGAAUGGGUGACUGGUCUAAGUGCUCCAUCACCUGUGGUAAGGGAAUGCAGUCCCGUGUUAUCCAGUGUAUGCAUAAAAUCACAGGACGACAUGGAAAUGAGUGUUUUUCUUCAGAAAAACCUGCAGCAUACCGACCAUGUCACCUUCAGCCCUGCAAUGAGAAGAUCAAUGUAAAUACAAUAACAUCACCUAGACUGGCUGCUCUGACGUUCAAGUGCCUGGGAGACCAGUGGCCAGUGUACUGCCGAGUGAUCCGCGAGAAGAACCUCUGUCAGGACAUGCGGUGGUAUCAGCGCUGCUGUGAGACGUGCAGGGACUUCUAUGCCCAAAAGCUCCAGCAGAAGAGUUGACCCCCAGCAGGACGGCUGGCUCCCAGCCCUUUGCAGUUACUUUAUUUAUAAGCACACACACACUAGCAUGUUUUUCAGACCAAAUAUUAUCAGAUUGCAUAUAAUUUAAUCAAAUUAAUUUAUUUUUUUUGCCUGCCAAACAUCCUUGUGAUGUUGUGUUGGUUAUACAAACAUCAUGCCUUAUCUAGUAUGACUUAAUUUUAUAUUAAUAAGUUGGAUCCAGUUACUGGGAUAAAAUGAAAAAAAAUCAUUAAAUUCUUUCAAAAUUUGUUAAAAAUUUAGAACUGUCUCUAAGGUGCUAUUUUCUCUCCACAAAUACUUUUGAGUUUUUUAGAAUCUAUACUAAGUUAGCGUAAUAGCUUAGAACUAUGGAGAGAGAAAACAUUUUUUGGUGUCCUGAUGCAGAAUUAGCCUAUUUUCUGUAAUCUAUGGAACAUAAAUAACCUCAUACUGUUGAACAAGUUUUCAGAGAAUGUAUUAUGAAUUUUGUUUCAGAUACAGAGAUAUCAAUAGGAAAAUAUUCUACUGUAAUUAUAACCUUAUUUUAAUAAUGGAAAGGAAGUCAAAAUAGAGACUUUGAUCAUGUUCAUGAACAUGUACUUGAACACAAGUAUUGUAACAAUGAAACACUGUAAAGAUUUACACUGAAUCACCAUUGCACUGUUGAUAAUAGUGUAGAGAAACCAUUAUAGAAAUGGUAACAUCUUACAAAAAUAGGUAUUAUUUUAACAUAUUGUCAUUAGAUUUUAGUUUUUUAAAAAAUAUUUUUAACAAAAAAAAUUGAUUUCACCCAUAUCCUUGUGUCAUUAUUUUUUUUUUUGCAGGGUUUUAAAAGUGUAGUAUUUAACCUCACAAAAUAUUUUGAGAAUAUUUACUAAAUACUUUUCAACUUUUUCCCUAGGAACAAAGAACCAAAAAAGACUUACCAACCUUGUAGUUUCAUUGUACUUCUUCCUUUAAAAAAAUGAAAAAGUUUUACAAUUCUGUGAAACGUU